AUGUCUUUCACGCCAUUCCGUCGCUUUUUCUCCACAACAAAACCGUUGGGAUCUUUAUCUUUGGCGGUUUUUAGUUUUACUUUUUGCGUUCUUCUAUGAAAAUUUCUUUUGUGGCCAUCAAAAAUUUUAUUUGGUGAUAAAAAAAUUUUCUAAUUUUUUAUUGAAAUACGACCACUUUUUCAUCUUUUGUCAGGCAUCAUUAAAAAAAGAAAAAAAGGCCUAAAACGAAAAAAUGAUACGAAUCUUACUCGGACCUCGGUAACGCAGAACGGACGUGCUUCGGACGAGUCUGAGCGAUUCUAGGGAUCACUUAAGAGUGCUGACGCUACUAAAGUGGUCACUAGGAAUGCCCAGAAACGUCCGGAGCACGUCCGUUUUGCGUUCCCAGUGUCCGGGUAUGUAUAAAGCUGUCGCCAGCGCACAUUCUGUCGAAUUAUUUCAAUUUUUUUCAGUCAUUUUUCCGAUAAUAGAAGGCUUCAAGGUUUGAAUUCAAGUUUACAGUCCUUUCACAAAUCUUUCUGGAUCUUUUUUUAAAAGAAACUUAUCGAUAAAAUAAUUAAAGUUUGAAGUUCAAAGUUCAAAGGUCCUAGAUAAAACGCCGUUUUUUCCUUUUUUUUCCUGUGUAGUUUUUCGUUUUUUUCUAACACUCUAACAACAAGUUUUUAAGUAGAUUAUAUUUUUUUCAUGAAACAUGGAGCCUUCAAAAAAAUAGCGCUAUAUCUUGGAUAGCCUGUUUUAGAAAUUUUCAGCUCCCUGAAGAGAUAUUGAAAACGUUGCUUCUCCAGUCGCACUUUAUUCAAAAAUUAAAAAUUCCUCUCAUUAUUUGAAGAUGAACUGUGCUGUUCUUGAUCUGAACCAAGAGAAACUCGUUCCUGACGUUUCUCAAAAAAGAAAAAAAAAGGUUAUCGGCAUUACGGAUCUUCGUCGCAACCGUGUCGCGGUCGCUUCGUUAAAUAAACAUUUUCCUCCCAAAAAAAGUCGACUCAUUUCAGAUCAACUACGGGUGGCGGGCGAUGACGUCGGCUGGACUGCUGGAAUGGCCUCCGCAGGGUCUUGCCGCGGUUUGUUAUCGAUUUGAAACUGUCUGUCCUGUCUGUGCACUCUUUUCCCUUAUCCUCAUCCCUAAAAGUGUUCUGGAGUCCGCUUGAAUCUUUCCUUUUCUCGAUGAGAACGAAUUUUUCAAACUUUUCCAUCGGAAUAAUUAAUUCUUGAUAGGUUUGCUUUUGCAUUCGACUUGAACAUUUGAUUUUUCAUUUUGAGCUGAUUUUUCUAACUUUUAAGAUUGAUCUCUUAAGUGGUCACUAAACGAAAUUCAGCCGGUCCCUUAAAAAAUCAACAGUAACUAAAGCACUCCAGAAGGGCCCCUAUAGGUGCAACCUUGGAAGCCCCUCCAGGGACCACUUUACCAAUCCCUAUAGGGGUCACUAAAGCUUGUAUUAGUGGUCCCUACAGGGGACAUGAUCUUCGAUAAUUUUUAUGACUUUUAGUCAAAGAAACAUUUCCAUGGAAAAAACUUAAUAAACAAGCGUUUUUUUUAAUGAAAUUGAGAGACCCCUAUAGGGUCCACUUGAGCUUUAGGGGCCAAGGGGUCAGACCCUAAACUCCUAUAGGGACCACUUUACUUUUACCCCUUUAGGGACCAUUUUUUCGGCCUCUAAAGAAGUUGUUUUUGCCUCUGACUCUUAUAGGGCCACUCUGGGAUUCUUAAAAAAAAAUAUUCACCAAAUUUUUCUUUGAAGGUGAUUCCAACAGAUGAAAUUCAAAAUUUCACUUAAGUGGCGACUUGAAAGAUUCAACGUGGUCUCUUGGAAGAUCCAGGAAACAUAUCAAAUCGAAAGUUUUAGGCUUUUUGAAGUUUCUAGGCAAAGAAAGUCAAACAAUCGAGCAAAUCCUGAUUCUUCUCAAGUGGUCCCUUGAGGUUUUCAAGAGUUUUUAAUGAAAUAGAGGAACUGGGAUUUGCUUAAAAAUUGGCCAGAGUACUCCUUGAUAUACCAGAUCAAGAUUCUGAAAGUUCCAACCUGCCCAACUUUCCUAUUUUUGAGCCGCGAAAUAGCCUAUUUUAAUGGAUUUUAAGGGUUUUUUGACUUUGAGGUGCCGUUUCUCGGAAACUAGAAAGUUGUGCAGGUUCAUACUUUCAGAAUCGUCUUCUGGUACAUCAAGGAGUACUCUGGGCAACUUUGAAACAUAUAAAAUUGACCUAAGGCAAGAAAAUAUUCUCAGACAAGAACCAUCGCCGACAACAUCUACGGUUCGAUCCUGGUGCCGUCGCCGUUGGAGGCGCUCAUCGACACGGAGGAGUUCCAGCGGCUCCGCGAGCUCAAGCAGAUCGGCGUCUCCAACUUGGUUUAUCCGUGCGGCGAGAGCUCCAGAUUCGUCCAUUCCUUGGGGUUGGUUUGAAGUUUUCCGCUUUGGGAGCUCUCUGCUACUUUAAGCAGCUUUCAAGGAAGGAAAUUUUGUUCUGUUUUCCUGAAAUUUGUUCAGAAAAAUCUUGGAUGUGCGAGAUAAAGGUCCUGAAAGUUUAUACCUGCAAAGCUUGCUAGUUAUCAAAAAGAUAGACCUACAAACCAAAGAAAACCAUCAAAACUCGCAAAAAUAGGCCUUUUUAUCUUUUCUCAGAAACUAGGAAAAAAUUGACUGUAAACGAAAAAGCUUUUUGUAGUGCAAUCUCAUCUUUCUCUUUUCUGAAUAUUACUUGUGUCUCGACUCGGGAUAAACAAAUUCUUCUUCUGCUCCAGCGUUUGUCCCGCUCGGUUUCGGGGCCCGCCAUUGUGGAUCGUUGGCGCCAUUUUAUUUGAUCGGCUGCAUGGUCUGGGAGUAGUCUGGUGUUCUUCAUAUCGUUGUUUUGGCCGCCCUCUUGGUCUUUUUAGAGCGACUUCCAUCAAUAAGCAACGUUUAGCAACAGAUUCGUCGUUAGCUCUGAGAGUGUGGUCGUACCAUCUCAUUCUGGCUUCUCUCAUCUUUUCCGUGAUUGGUGCUACCCAAAACGUUUUCUGAUGUCCUCGUUUCGUACGUGGUCCAGUCGUGUGACUCCUCCGGUCCAUCUCAGCAUCUUAGUCUCCAUGACUGCGAGUCGGCGUUCGGCUUCUUAGGUCACAGGCCAGCAUUCGGUUCCGCAGAGUGCGACGGGACGGAUCACGUAGAUUUUUGAUUUCAGUCGGUCACUUAUCUUUGGGUCGCACGGUACGGGAUAAACAAGUAUUUAUUAUGUUGAAAGUUUUGAAGCCUACAUGGUACGAAAUAAAAUUCGAAAAAGUUUUUCAAAAUUCAUUCAAAGUCCCUCAUUUUCAAGUAUCCAAGUUUCUUUCAGUGCUUACCACCUGGCCUCGACACUGGUCACACAUUUACGGUUAUCGCAAAAAGAGCUCGAAAUCACCUCAGAGGAGCAUCUUUGCGUCUCAAUCGCUGCCUUACUUCAUGAUAUUGGUACUCAUAUUUUUUUUUCCUGAUUUUUUGGAAUUUUCCAGGUCAUGGCCCUUUUUCCCACAUGUUCGACGGGGGGUUUCGGAAAGCAGUUGGUGGAAAGUGGAAGGUAAAAAUGACUAUUUUUCGAGAAAGACAUGAAAUUGUUGUUGAUUCGAUGUUUCUGUGAUAUAGGCGAUUCACAGCGGGGGCGUGGCCUGUCUGCGCUCUCCACGAAGCAUGCGCUAUCUCUUUUUUUCGUGUCAGGACCAUUUUCUGGAAGGCUCAAGUGAGCCGAUGACCAGCUGUACAUUACUGAGAGGACACUAAAAAAAUCCUUCUAAAAAAAAAACUUCUAAAGAGUUACUUAAUUUUAGCCACUCAAAUGAUCACUAAUUCGACUAUUACAGUGGCCACUAAAACGUCGAAACCCUAGAAAUUUCAGAUUUUCAUUAUUUCCCAAAAUUUCUAGAGAAGCUUUUCAGCACGAAGACAUGUCUAUCCGGUUGUUCAGACGGAUGAUAAGCCGAGAAAGCGUCCGGUCGGCCUUGUAUCCCUACCUGGGCACUGGAGAACAGUUUGAGAGGAACGCCUGCUUCAUCACGGAGCUCAUCUCUUCUAAACGAUUUGUUAAUUUUUUGGAGUUUUCGAGGUUUAACAAAGGUUUUUUGCAGAAAACCCCACUAGACGACAAUACAGUCUCAUUGACGGAUCCGAUGGAGAGGAAAGAGGUGAGAAGUCCUUCCAAACGGUCUUGACACGAUAAUUUCUUCAAAAUUUUUUUGUGUUUUUGCUGUUAUUUGUUAAAAAAUCUAUACAUUAAGUGCAAAGUAUUUUUUCUAAAAGGCUCUAGAAUCUUCCUAGAUUUUGAGAUUCGAAAAAAGCUGCCUUGAGGAGCAUCAAAAAUUGCUUAUGACUUAAAGACCAUAGAAGAAAUUUCUAUGCUUUUCCUAAAAAAGUCAUGAAAAGGAGUUUUUUGAGCAAGUGCGCGCCAACGAGCCAGUUCUCUCAUUUAUUAUUUUUUUUUCUAGUAAACUCGGGCUGAACGGACGUUCUCCGGAGGUUUCUGGGCAUUUCUAUUGACCACUUCAGUAGCGUCAGCACUCUUAAGUGAUCCCUAGAAUCGCCCAGAAACGUACGGAGUGUGUCCGGUUUUCGUUACCGAGAUACGAGUAGUCUCGAAAAAAAAAAAAUGAAUUGCUAGCCCAUCACGAAAAUUGAGCGUUAGAGCUCACUUUACAUAUGAAUAUAGUCUGUGUGCCACGACUUGAAAUUUCACCGAACGACGUUCCGCUGCGUACGGUCGCGAAGCGUCUUUGCCUUUGCGAAUCUAGGUCACCUUUCCAGACUGUUUUUAUUACUGAUAGAUGGAUUGUUCCACUGCGAGUAUUUGAAUGAAAGAAAAUUUUGAAACCGCGGCCGAAAUUCGCCAAGGCGCCCGGCGGAACAGCGGAAUGUCGUUCGGUGAAAUUUCAAGUCGUGGUACCCAGACUAUAAGUGUUAAUUUUUUUUAAAUCACAUAACGGAAACUAAAUUUAAAUAGACUUUCAAAAAAUGGCAUGGUCUUCAUGAACAAUGUUCGUCAUUCCAGAUGGCUGAAGAGUCUUGGAACGCGAAAGGAAGACCAAUCGAUCGAUCCUUUCUCUACGAUAUCGUAUCCAACGACAACGAUGGACACGACGUCGACAAAAUGGACUAUUUGUUGAGGGACAGUGCCGCAACGUCGAUUCCCAUAUCGCUCAAUAAGGUUUAGGAGAUUUUAAAAAUUCAAAAAUAUGACGAAAAAGAGAGAUCGAGAAGAAAAGAAGGAGGAAGGACUUGGGUUCUGGAAAGAAAAUUUAUUAGAAUUCUUCAGAAUUCGGUGGAGCGAAUUAUCGCCAAUUGUCGGGUACUCGAAGAUCCUGUCUGGGGGUUCCGACGCAUCUGUUACGCUACUAAGGUCUGAACUGACAAAAUUUGAAAAAAGUCUGAUUUCUUUGCGCUCUCUCGUGUUCUUGUGCUAUUUUCAUUUUUCUAUGACCUCUUCGGUGAGUUCUUAUUCAACAUAUUGAACUUGCUAGAUUUUGAAAAAAGUCUGACUUCUCUACCCUUAGGGGGCGCAAAGCCCCGCCCCUUCACGCCACCAAAAUGACGAUUUUUUUGUUGCAAAAACGGUUUUGAGGCGUUUAUACUAGCUAAAAUCCCACUUUAAAAAUGAACUGUUUCUGUUAAUCUAUGUAAUCGACAACGCUCUACAAGACUGAAUAUUUUUUUAAACUAUGUAUUUUUUUCAAAAAAAUAAGCGAAAAAAAGUAAGAUUUAACACGAAAAAAACUAACAAGUUUCACAAAAAUCGUCGCGUUUCAGAAAAACCAAGUGAGGAACGCUUCUAAAUUUUAAGUAUGUUAUACAUUAACACUUUCUUUAUUUUUUUGAGUGAAAAAUGAAAAAAAUCUAACGACGCGAAAAAAAUAUUAAAAGCUUGUAAAGUGACACCAAACUUUGAAGCUGAAAUGCGAAAAAAAUUUCAGCGACAAGGUAUACUUUUUUUAUUUGAUUAAAAAAAGCUCACAAUGUGUUCAAAAAAAUAAAAAAAUUCAGAAUGAAAAAUAAUUAUUGGGACAGCGAAUCAAAUUAUAUUUGAGUUUUACCAAAACCUCCUUUUUUCGCCUGCCUCGUUGACGCAUGAGAAAAUAGGAUCGCGUCUAUACUUUUGAUCAGGUUAUUAAGCGUUCAAAACUCCAUCAAUGAAAAAAUUAUGAAAAAAAUCGAUCGACGCGAAAAAAAUAACGGCUUUGAAAACCUCGAAAAAAGGGCAAUUUUUUUUGAAAUUUUGGAGGAUUUCGUGCAAGUGUCCGUAGCAGUGUUUGCGUCAAACACACCGAUGCGCCCUUUUAAAUGUCGCAGGAGCCGUUUUUUUCGGAGUCAAAUUGCACUUUUUUUCCUGUUUUAUUUCGAAAUAACAUUAUUUUUUUCAUUUUUUUCUUUUUUUCCUAAUCGAAUGAUAAUAAUUUUUUUCUGAGUAGAAAAAAAGAAAAAAAUAAGCUGAAAAAAAUCCCUUUGACCUUUUUUUCUAGGUAGUUUUUUUGAUAUUUUAUCAAAAAAAUUCUUAUGAGGAUUGUACAAAAGAUUCAUACCAAAAACAUGAAGCUCAGUCCGGACAACCUCUCAGAACAGAAAACCGAUUUAAAAACGGUCCAGAAACGCGCAAAAACAUUUAAAAAGAAAGCGUGCGGCAGCGGGUAAACCGUGAGAUUUUGCCUCCAGUUGUACGCCGCGUGCGCUCGUUUUUUGGCCAUAACUUUUUUCUUAGUGAAGCUUUUUUCAAAAACUAAACGGAUGAUCUCCUCUAUCGAACAAUGUGAAAAACAUAAUUUUUGAAUCGUUCUGAAGAAAUGGCUUGCGGUCCCUAUCUACCCUCUCUCAUUUUUACGUGCUAUUUUUAUUUUUCAUGAUCUCAUCGGUGAGGUCCGACUUAUGCUACAUUUGACACUAUUUGGAAAACGUCUGAUUUCUUUGCGCUCUCUCAUUUUUACGUGCUAUUUUUAUUUUUUCAUGAUGUCAUCGCGGAGGUCAGCCCUAUGCUACGUUCAUCACUAUCUCGAAUAAGUCUGAUUUCUUUGCGCUCUCUCACUUUUAUGUACUAUUUUCAUUUUUCUAUAACCUCAUCGAUGAGAGGGAAGAGAGCGCAGACUUGUCAGACUAUUUCUUCCUUUUUCCUCAUAACCCCCGAUUUUCCAGGUAAUGGACCUGGUCAAAGCAAUUGGCGAUUCCAGACAAGAACUUCACGCCAAAUUGUACCAGCACAAAACUGUCAGUGCGGCUGAGAAAUUGUUAGUCACUUUUGGGAGGUUUUAAGAAGAAUAUCAAAUUUAGAAUGGUCAAAAUGCUGGUGACGGCGAGGAAGCACCUGAAAUUCCGAGGCGAUGACGGACAGAUUUACGAUUUGGAGAAUGUGACCGAAGACUGUGGGGCCUACUUGAAAACGACCGAUUCUAUUGUAAGACAAGUGAGUUUGAAAGGGGAAAAAAGAGAUUUAUAAGCUCUUUGGUCACGGCGUUUUUGUUGGUGGAAGAAAAUGCAAAACCAAAAAUUAAGGGGCGUGGUCGAAAUUUCUUCCGUUCCCAUGUGACUUAAUGGGAAAAACGCGUAAACAACAGGAAUUAUUAAAGACGCAUAAAUGGGUUCCGAGAAGAAUCUAUUUCUCAUUUUAAAAAAAUGCCAUUUUUCUGUUUUUUUUUGUUUUAAAAAACAUGCCGUGUAGAAAGUAAUUCCGCGAAAUUCGAAAUAGCCACCAGAGAGUGAAAAAUAUAACUGAAUUUCCGUUCGCGAAAAUUACGUCGAACGCGGCGUGUGCCAGAGCGCCGCAGUGUAUGCACACGACACACUAGACUUUACGGAAAAAAAAAAUAAGGGUGGGCCGUCGCCAAAAAAAAAGACCGUGUGAAGGCCAUUAGAGGGAUUAAACGCGAAAAAUUUUAAGAUCCCUUUAGUGGCCACUUUAGAACGUAAUAGCCUUGCUAAGUUUUCAAGUAUGUCCAUUUUUUGUAUCAGAAUACUGAGUUGGAGAGAGAUCAGAACUAGAGUUCUCAAAAUGACCAAUUGAAAAAAAUGAUAUUUUUUUCAAAAAAACGAAAAAAAUUUUUCUUUUUGACAUUUCAAACGAAUGUCGUUUUUGAAAGAUCAACCAAAAUUGAUCACUUUCAUUCUUUUCAUUUUGUGACUUUUCAAAUAAUGACUGAAAAAUAAAUGGUCAUUUUCUAAACAAUCAUAUUCUGACUAGUAAAUAAAUGUUCGUCCUAAUGACCAAAUUUUUCAAAGUGAAAAGUAAAUGUUCAUUUUUUUGACCAAAAUUUUCGAAAUGAACUUUAAAUGUUCAUUUUUUUGACCAAAAUUUUCGAAAUGAACUUUAAAUGGUCACUUUUUUGACCAAAAUUUUCGAAACGAAUUUUAAAUGUUUACUUUUUCGUACAAAAAAAUUUUUUUUUCAACUGUGAAAAUUAAAUGUUUAUUUUUUGGCCGAUAAUUUUCCGAACCUGGAUUUUCCGAACCAAAAUCCAAAUCAAUACUUUUCCUUUUUCCUCAUUCAAUUAAUUCUCCAGAUAGCACCUUUCUUCCGGUCUGCUCAUUUUUGACCGGUUCCAUAUAAUUUUUCUCGUCCUUAACCGGCUUUUAGCUUUGCCCUUGACCAUCCAGAUCACUGUUUUCCAACAGAUUUAUUAAUUUUUAACCAGAAAUUAGUUUGAAUUUCGAAGUAAUCGAUUCAAGAUUUCAUUUGGAGAAGACUGAGACAGAAUUGACUCCGGCACAGAUACUGCCAAGUGCCGUAAUAGUGAUGAAUAAAUGUUUACCUUUUUUUAAAAAAAUUUUUUAAAUUAAUUUUAAAUGUUCAUUUUUUUGACCAAAAAUUUUCAAAAAGUGAAAUCUAAAUGUUCAUUUUUUUGACCAAAAUUUUUCAAAGUGAACUUUAAAUGUUUACUUUUUUUGACCAAAAAAAUUUCAAAAUGAAAUUUAAAUGUUCAUUUUUUUAACCAAAAUUUUUUUCGAAAAAAAUAAGUAAUUAUUCAUUUUUUUUAAAUGCUCAGUUAUGAAAUUUAACCAAAAUGAAGUUUUUAACAAACGGUUCAUGUGAAAUUUAACUAAUUGGUCGAAUUCAUCAAACGUUCAGAAAAUGUUUGGUUGAACGUUCGUUCAAACAUUUACUUUUGAGAACUCUAAUCAGAACAUUUUUUGGAUUUUCUACCGAUUUUCGAUAAAUUCACAGAGCUUUAUUAUAGAAUCGCGUCAGGAAUAAUAUUUUUUGAUCAGAUUUUUCUUAUACGAAGAUCCUUCUUUUUGAAACUUUGAUAACGGUUUUUUUUCUGCAAGUUGAAUUUUAGCAGCGUUUUACAUUUAUUGGUUUUUACAACUCAAGGAAGUUUCAUAGAGAUCUAGUUUCAUACAAGAAAAUUCUGAUCAAAAUUGUCAUUUUUUUUUUCCAACACAAAAUGGAAAUAUAAACAAAGCUUUGAUAAUUUUUAAAUCUCCUACAUUAGAUUAAAAUCCAGGUGCUCAAUUCAACCGAAGACGAGCUUCAAGAAGCACGCGAAGCCUUGCAAGCGAUCCACCAGCGGAGAAUCCCGGCAAAAUUGGACGAGUUCCAACUUUCGCCCUCCAAAGUCAUCGAUGUCCGUCUUUUUUCGUUUUGCCUGUGCUUUGCUUUAUGUUCUGAUCUAAUGCUAUUUUCACACUGGAAUGUAUUUCAAUAGUUCAUUCACAACUUUCUUAAGUCAUUUUCUGAGAAAAAAAAAAUCACUGGAUUGUCCUUAGAGCGCGUAUUCAUCCUUACAGUUACCUGUGAUUUUUUGGAUGAAUUGCAAGUUUUUUGAUAAAAUUCAUGAGAAGGGAAAUUGAGAAAAAAUCGCCGCGCUAAAUCAACUCGAAAAAGGAAAGUGCGCUCCACGGAUAAUUUUUGAAAAAUUUCGAUUUUUAGGGUGUGAGUAGAUAUUCGCCUUGUGCACUUCCUAACUUAAAAGAAAACAAAAUUUUCAAUCCAAAAUUUUUUUUUAUUGUCAUCGGAGCGCAUUUGAAACAAUAUCAGCGGCUAUUUUUUCUCCUUAUUUGUGGUAAAACAGGUGACGGUAUUGAUUUUUACAGGAACACACAACUAACCAAUGCUUGAACGGGUCGUCGGCGUCCAUUGCGGUUUUAUUUUGGAAAAUAAUGGAUCAUGCAUUUUUCUAACUUUAUAGGAUAGUGUUAGAGCCGCGUUGGAAGAGCGCCUGGCCGCGAAAUUCGACGGGAAAUUUGUGUUGUUGGUGAGUGGGAGGAAAGAAAUGAUACAAUGUUAGAAAAGCUUUGUAAAUUAUAUACAGUACCGCUCAAAAGUCUAUUAAGUUUUGGUUUUUUGGGGAUAUCUCAGCGAGUACUUAUCCGAUUUAUAUAUAACUUUCAGGGAUAAUGUAAAAUAUACUUUGAAACAUAUACGGUAUACAAAGACAUGUCCGCAAUGACUGUGACGCGUUUUUAGGCAUUUUUUUAUUGAAUUCCAUUUUUGUUUUUUUUAUGCUUUUUAUUUUUUUAUUUAUUUUUUUAUUAAAUUUUUUUAAAAAUUAAUAAUGUUGCCAUAUGAUUUUUUUCAUGUUUUCAGACAUGGGAAGAACCUUUGGAAAAAAAGAAUUUGACUGAUAACGACAAAAGAGCCAUCGUUGUGGGUCGUCAAAAAUGGACUGACCAUGAUGACGUUGGCAGGAAUGUUCGGCGUGACAGAAGCGGGCAUUUCUCAGUUCCUAAAGCGUCAGAAAGCUCAAGAUGGCUCUACUAACAGCCAACGCACUGGAAGACCACGUGUCACUGACCGUAAUGACGAUGGAAUCAUUUUUAAGACGUCUAGAACCAAUCCAAGACUCACCGCCCCUGCGAUCAGACGGGAAGUUUUCUUGAAUUCGCCAUCUCCGCCAUCCGUCUCGACCGUGAAACGACGUCUGAAUGCUGCUGGAAUCAUGGGAAGACGUCCAGUGAAGAAACCGCUGAUUUCUGAAAAGAAUCGAGUCGCCAGGGUGAAGUGGGCGAAGGAGCAUCUCAACUGGACCCGUCGAGACUGGAACAAGAUUCUGUGGUCCGACGAAAGCAAGUUCCUCCUCUUCGGGAGUGACGGAAUUCAGUGGGUUCGUAGACCAAUUGGGUCCAGAUAUCAUCCGAAAUACCAAUUACCCACCGUGAAACAUGGUGGAGGUUCUUGCAUGGUGUGGGGCGCCUUCUCUGGAAGUGGCAUCGGACCGCUUCAUCGCGUGAACGGCAUCAAGGACAAGCACGUCUACAAAGACAUUCUCCAGAACCAGAUGUUGCCGCACUUGAGAGCCAUGGGCCGUGGGAGUGUUUAUCAACAGGAUAACGAUCCCAAGCACACUUCACUGUUCGUCAAGGUGAGAAAAAUUGACAAGUAAUUCGUAUGGUUUUGAAACUCAGGACUGGUUCAAGAGCCGUCGGGUCAAUGUCAUGGGGUGGCCAAGUCAAUCUCCGGACCUGAACCCGAUCGAACAUCUCUGGGAAGAGUUGGAGCGACGUUUUUGCCAACAAAAGAGCCAAGAAUUGCAACGAGAAGUUUGCUCAACUGCUGUCUGAAUGGAAUCAGAUCCCCAUGUCUACCAUCGACACUUUGCUCAAUUCUAUGCAGAGAAGAUGCCAGGCAGUGAUUGACGCCAGGGGCUUCGCAACCAAGUACUAGGUCCCGAAUAUUGUUUUAACAAUGUUUUGUGUUGAUAAAAAUUUUUUUGUUGAGCUAUGAUUUUUUUAAUUGAAAAUAGCAAAAAAAUUCGAUUUUUUUCGAAAAAUUCGUUUUUUUCUCGAAAAAAAUUAUUAUUCUUUGAGCUAGCAACUUGAAAUUUUGCCAGAACACGUAUGUCUCUCUCAGAAAACUAUGAAAAAAAUUUGAAUCGAUAUCGCACUUCAAAAAAAUUUAUCCCCAAAAAAACCAAAAACUUAAUAGACUUUUUGAGCGGUACUGUAAUUAUGGACAGUUUCGAUUCAAAGUUUACGAUCACUGAGAAAUCUUUUGGGUCCAUAUAGAGGGUUUCAUAUGGGCCCUGUAAGGGAACCCUACGUUCCCAUAUAGCAGAGCUGUUCUCGGGGCGGCCCCGGUCGACCGAGGGCGCCCCGAUUUGCGGCGUGUUCGAGGGCGGCCACGGUCGGCCUUUGGUAAGGGUCAACUCGGUCGACCCGUAGAUACAAAUUUUUUUUUGACUCCCGGUUUUUUGCGAAUUAUAAGAAAGCGAAAGAAGCGCAAGUUUUACUGAAAUGAAAGUGAAACGAAAAAACAUUUUUAUCGAGCACAUAAAGAAGAAAAACCGAUGAAAUGAGAUAUUAAUCCGAAAAAUUCAAUAGUUUUCUAAGUGGCCAGAACAAUUUACAGAACUAGAGAAAAACAAAAAUAAUAAAUAAGAAAUAAUUUGAAAUUUUCACAUCAUCAGAAUUUCAUUUUCGCAAAAAAAUUUCAUUCAAACCACUAUUUGAAAUAUUAUUUUUUUUAUUUACAACGAGAAAAAAACGAAAAAAAGAUUCGAAAAAAAGUGAAAUCAAAAAAAGCCCGAUUUCUAUCAAAAACAAUAAAAUUAAACUUUUCAUGGAUCAUAAAUAACUUAAACAUUCAUUUUCAAUAUGAAAAACCGAAAUAAAAACAAAAAAUACGGAAAAAAAAUCCUCGCGCUCGCUUCGGGGGCCUGAAUGAAAACCGCUUCGCGGGCCGGGGCGCUCCGGGGCGCGUCGCGGUCGGGUCGGGGCGGCCUCGGCCAGGGUCGCCCCGACUUGAGAACAGCUCUGCCAUAUAGGGUCCUCAAAAUUUGGAACCCUCUAGGGGCCCAAUUUUGCCCCUGUAAGGCUCCCUUUAAAACAAACCCCUAUAGGGACCUCUUAUAAAUUCCUCAGCAUCGAGAGGAAAGAAUUUUUCAAAAAUUAUCACUGGAGCGCGAUUGCUAAAUUUUGCUAAAUUUUUUUUGGGUAUUUUUUAUAAAAAGUUCGCAUUUUUGUCUUUCCUGCGUUAUAUUAGUUUUUCUGGUAGAAAUUUCAUUCUAGAUUUUUUUAGAAAAAUAGUUCAAAUUUUGGAGAUUUUGUUUAUCAAAAAAAUACGAAUUUGAAGGAUUUUUUUCGAGAUUUUUCCCUCCUUUUUUUAACAAGUUGGAAAGCUCAUUCACGAUUUAAAAUCAAGACAAUCUCAUUUAGUGAUUGAAAAUUGAAAAAAUAACUAUUUCAGAUGCGAGAAUUGAACCGAGGACUUGACGGCUUGACACAUCCGAUGGCCAAAGUCUUGCUUUUCGAUAAUCGAGCCCAAAAUCCGGUCGCCUUCCAAUUUCGAUCUGAAUAUGUUGGCAUUUGAAAUGAAAUUAUUUCAUCAACUUUUCGGCUCCAGAUCAGACUAUAUUGCACCCAAGAAGCGGCGAUCUGGUCACUAUGCCUCUAUGGAACCCGGAGCCUGACGCAGGAGGAACGAAAAAUGAUCCGCGACGAGUUUUGGAAGUACCUGGUUGAGGCGAAACUCGCCGACCCGGUCAAGGUUCGAAAUGGAACAUUUUAGAAAAUGUUUGGAAUUUUUCAGACCUCCGUCCGACGGAUGAACUUUGAUUGA